AGCUAUUCUUCAACCAAUGUAACGUCCUGUCACCUUUAUAACUAUGGCUGGUGCUGGAGGUGACAAGUCUUUCACGGAGGCCAGCUCUAGCUCUUUAUCUCCGGUUCUGAGAAUCAGUCAGCUGGAUGCUUUUGAACUCGAUGCCGCGCUGGAACAGCUUGUUUGGUCACAGUUCUCGCAGUGUUUCCAGCACUUCAAGCCAGGACUGUUAACCCCCUUCGAACCUGAACUGAGAGCUCUCCUUCGGCUCCUCCUGUGGAGGUUCACCGUCUACUCCCAUAGUGCCACGGUGGGCCAGUCACUCCUUAACCUCCGCUACAAGAAUGACCAGACGCAGGGCCUCAGGUACAGACCCAUGAACCGUAGUCAGAGGCUGUGGUAUGUUCUCUUCACCGCCGGAGAAAAGUGGCUGAGAGAACGUUCUCACUCUCUGUUUCUCAACCACCCCGCUGAGUCCAACAUCCACAAAGCUCGCAAAGCGUUGGCCUACGUAGGAGGUCUUGCCAAGGUAGCCAGUCUGCUCAAUUUCCUCCUCUUCCUCCAGAGGGGAACCUACCCCUUGCUAACGGAACGGCUGCUGGGAAUCCAAGCAGUCUUCAACAAGCCGCAGGGGCUCCGUGACAUCAACUUUCACUACGUGAACCGGGAACUGCUGUGGCACGGCUUUGCCGAGUUCCUCAUUUUCCUGCUGCCGCUGGUAAACGUACAGAAACUCAAGGCCAGCAUGUGCGCUGUUUUUUCACCAUUGCAGAAGGGCGAAGAGAAUUCGGCAGAGAUGAGCCGUACCGAGUGCGGCCUCUGUGGAGAAUGGCCCAUAAUGCCGCACUCCAUCGGCUGCAGUCACGUUUUCUGCUACUACUGCAUCAAAAGCCACACUAUAGCCGAUAUGUACUUCAGCUGCCCUAAGUGUGGGAAGGAGGUGAGCUCAGUGGAGCCGGUUAAACUCCAGAUCGAAAUGAACGAACUUCAGCAAGCCGAAUGAAAGAUCUAGUCCUAUCUGUGCCUCACAACAGACAAUGCUGCAUUUUGUAAUAUGGCAUUUAGCGCAAAAAGAAAUUCAUCAGCAUUGAAAGUAUGUGCAUCUUUGAAUUGAAAGCAUUUGUUGCCAUG